UAAAUUGGAUAGAUUACAGAGAGAUUUGCAUAGAACAGGCAUAAGGACGAAUAGAAAAUGAGUUUUACAUAAAAUAGGCAUAAUGAUGAAUGAAAAGAGAGGGUAUUUUAUGAGCCCAAGCAGUUUGUAUAAAUUUAAUCAUGAUGAUGAAGAUAUCCGUUGUCCAUCAAAUUGGUUGACGAUACAUUUCUUUUCUGACAUGAUAUUAAGCUUGUAGUUACUAAAACUCUUAUUCUUUCAUGGAUAUUUAAUUUUUGGGGUGCUUAAUGUAUUGUUCUUCAGCAUCUAUGCAAGAUUGGUAGCAUUUAUUGAUGCACAGAUAGUGAAAAUAAAACUUAAUCCCACUAAAGUUAGCUAAAACAAUGAAAUUUUUUCUCAUAGUUUGGUCGGUCUUUUGAUCUCUAAAAUUUUAGUUUUUAGUGUACUUUCCAAAUUGCAUUUGCUAUGUUACUAGUCCACUUUAAUCUGUUUAGUUCACUUCCAAAUUUUGAAUGCCCAACUCCUAUGUCAUGAGCUUACAACUUUGUAUAUUUGAUUCCCUGAACCGAGAUUACCUAAUCCUUAUCUGCCUGUUAACCCUUCGGCAAUAGAGAGCACUUUACAGGUUUGCUUCUUAUGGUGAUCUUUAUUUUCUUUUUCACUAAAUAUGUCCACCUUUAAAUAUGUGUUCCGUAUGCAGCCUGCAUUAGGUCCUGAUGGUAAGACAAAGGAGCCUGAAAGCAAUGUACUUCUUGCUUCCAUCGAGAAUAUGCAAUAUGAUGUUACUGUUGAUGUGCUUCAUACUGUCUUCUUGGCCUUCGGUACGGUCAAAAAAAUUGCAAUAUUUGAGAAGAAUGGUGACAUGCAGGCUUUAAUCCAGUAUCCCGGUAGGCUGGAAUAAUUUACAUUGCUUGUGAUUACAUUAAACUGUGAAUAGUAACACUUGACGGUUCAUCUCUGGUCGUUUAUGUAUGUUAGGCAUUUACCAUGAUCUUCGUUGCUGCCUAGUCUUAUAAUUUGUUUGCACAUUCUGUAAUUGAUACGGAUUUCAUUGAUGCUUAUUAGUUUCUGAUUGUUAGAUAUCAUUGAUCUAGUUGAUGGUGAUGUGUAUGUCAGUUCAUUCUCAUUAUAUGCAAUGCAAGCUAGUAGUGUUUUAUUUUACUUUUAUAUCCAGGCUUCUGAGAAAAUGAUGGGAUUUUGUUAUGAUAAUGCAGAUGUGACAGCUGCAGCAGUUUCUAAAGAAGCAUUAGAAGGGCACUGCCUCAAUGAUGGUGGCUACUGCACACUCUGACAAAAGCAGGGAUUAUACAAUUCCUGAUUCAGGCGUUCUUUCAUCACCACAACCUCCUGCUGUGCCUGCUGCUGUCGCCAGUUGGCAAAGUGCUCCUCAAGCUCCAUCAAUGUAUGGCGCUCCAGCAACUUCUGCCAGGCAAAUUCCAACAUGGGAUCCUAAUAUGAUGGGGGUUCAGCCUGAUUUCUCUACAGUAGCUCGCGCAUACACCGAACAAACUUAUGCCCUGUCAUCUCUAUCUCCAUACCCUACAUCUGGACGGCACCAUGCCACUACUGAAUUACUCAACCAGGCUGUUGACCUUCAGCUCUUCGGACCUCUGUGGGUCGACUAACUUUGCAUUAUUAAUGUCUUCUGUAUCCUCAGCCUGUUGAUGUUAUCAGACAACCUUUUAAGCUGAUUUUGAUGCCACAGUCGGUCUUCAUAUUUUUUAGUGUCUUCGUUGUCCCACUAAGGGUGGUGUUUUCAGCUUUUAGUGUUUUUACCUGUUGAUUUUUAUUUUGUUUGAUGACAAUCUAUGUUUGCUUUGCAGGAUAUGAAAUUAAUAAUUGUUUAGAUUUUUUUUUUUUUUUUAACACCUAAUUUUCUCUCUUUUACUUCCUGUUUGUUUGACCUCCCAUCUGAUAGAUGUUCUAUGUUUGCACACAUGGAACAUCAUCUACCUAACUACCCCUUGUUGGAUUCAUUUUUACUGUUGGCAUGAUUAAGCGUUAGGUGGAUGACAUUAAUAGUGAUUAGGACAAUCAUGAACCCUAAGAAUAACUUUAGCUAUGAUGAUGCCUUCCAGCCUCUUCCCCUACUUCAACACAGAUCGUCCUCUUAGAGCUAGGAUUGGAUUUCUUUAGCCUUAUUUUUUUGGCAAAUUGCAUUGUUCUUUUUUAAUAUGAGUAGCCUAACUUUUUGUUCGGCUCCUGCCAUUCAAAUGGCCAUGGUUCUAUAUGACAUGGGGUAUUGCAUGCCUUUUUUUUUUUAAAUUAAAUUUGCAAGUGGCCGCACGAUUUCUAAACCCUGAACUCUCAAGGUUCUCUUCAAUGAGCUUGCGCAUUUCAGUUCUCCGUUGUUAUAGAUCUCUUGCAACUGAAAAGAUGACAUCCCCUUGAACGUCAUGCCUUUCAUACAAGCCGUUUGCCUAUUCUAUGUUUACUGCAUUUCAUACCUCACUGUAUUGGAUGGAUCUAUUACUUAUGGACUGUUGUUAACUGGGCAAUUAUAGGAUAUAUAUAUGUAUAUAUAUGGUCUAUAUGUGUGUGUGUUUGUGACCCCUCAUGUCGGGGAUUCAAAUCUACUCGGGGAGAUGAUACUCGAAUUAGGAGUGGUUAGAGGCCCGUAUAAUAGCCUCUGACCAUUCCUUUGAAAUCUCUCUCUCUCUCUC